AUGACAACCAACAUCCCGCACAUCAACCUCCUCUGCAUGGAAGACAAAUUCAUCGCUGCCUUCCAAAACGCCCUCGAAACCCUCAGACCACCAAUCCCCCACACAACCAGCAACAGCAACACCUACACCAUCGGCCCGAUCACCCUAACAACCCACAACACCUCCCUCUCCCAACUCCCCCCCAGCACAAAAUACGACCUGAUCGUGUCCCCCGCAAACUCCUACGGCCGCCUCGACGGCUCCUUCGACGACGCCAUCUCCCGAGCAUUCUGCCUCCCAGACCAUCCCUACGACACCCUCACAAGAGCCGCACAGCGCGUGCUCUACGAUAAACACCGCGGUUUUGCGCCGCCGGGGUCCUGCACGCUCGUUCCGUUCCCCGCUGAGCUGCUGGACACAGACACAUCCGAUUCCACAGCCCGCGGACGGAACCCGUGGGGAUGCGCGUGGGUGGCGAUUUGUCCGACGAUGCGGGUGCCCGAUGAUGUGCGCUGGGACCGGGAGGUUGUGUACGAGUGUGUGUGGAGUCUGUUGUGUGCGGUUGAGGGGUGGAAUCGGGGGUGCCUUGGUGAUGGGGAUGCGGCGAGGAUCAGGAGUAUUUUGGUGACGCCGAUGGCGACGGGGUGUGGGGGGGUCGAUGCGACAAGGUGGGCGGAGCAGUUUGUGCUUGCUUUGGCGCAUUUUGGGGAGGCGGUUAUGAAGCCGGAGAGGUGGGGGGGUCUUGGGUGGGAGGAGAUUUAUCGGGAUGUGUGGGCGGUGCAGAGGACUUGGAAGGGGGAGGAGGGGUGGAAUGAAUGA